AUGAUAGGAGUGGAAGAGAUCUUUGAUAAUUUAGCCCUUGCGGUGACUGAUAAUAACAUGCGCUUAGCCCUGGAAAACAGGGAAGGCCACGAGACUGGAAGACGCCAGCUCCGUAUUUACCUGAAGGUGCUGUCUGGUCUGAGAACCACCCAGGCGUACGUGCUGCCUUACAGCCCGUCUCAGGCGCCUCAUUGCCUCAACCCGGGCGGAGAGUACUACGAAGAAAACAUCCACAAGUGUUGUAGCUUAUGUCCUCCAGGUUUUCGCGUCCUUCAGAGUUGCAACAGCAGCGCCAACACGCAAUGCAUCGAAUGCAAGGAAGGGUUAUACACCAAGGCCUGGAGUCGGGCCAGGCUGUGCUUCAGCUGUUCACCACAUUGCAAAGCAGGAUUUGUGGAGGAAAAGAAAUGCACCAGGACACAAAACCGAGCCUGCUGGUGUCCGCCUGAGCACUUCUGUAGCUCCUUCGUGUCUGAGAAAUGCUACAACUGCCAGCCGUACCAGAAGUGCCCGAAGGGCUACGGAGUUGUCCGAGCGGGCACGAGAAGAGCGGACGUGGAAUGUGCCCCUUGCAGACCCGGCACGUUUUCUGAUCUUGAGUCUCCCGAGGCCGUCUGCACCCCCCACAGGAUCUGUAAAUCGGUGCUUGUCCCUGGAAACAGCUCCAGCAACACCAUUUGUCGCAAUUCAGGGGGGCACAUUGACCUCAGAACAACUUCUCUGCGCCUCACAACCACUACAAAGAGGCCAAUGCCACCAUGGCACGUUGGUACCAGGAACGCAACCCUCAGCGUCAAGAAGGAUCUAUUAGCAGACACUGGCCGGAUUGCUGGCAUGAUUGCUAUUCCGUUACUGCUCGGAGUCAUAAUUUGCUUCAUUGGUUUUAAAAAAAGUGGCCAAAACUGUGCUCCCCUGUGCAACAAGGAAAAACAGCCAUUCUCAUCUCCUGAAAAGCUCCCUAGCAAGUGGCCUCAGGAUCCCAGGGCCCUGGGGCAGGAGAAGGACAGUCUCUUGCAGAGGUCCAUCUCCAGCAGUCUGGACAGCCCACCCGGGUCCGAGAAAAGCAGCGAAACCUGCGACGGAUGCGCUUCCAAGGUGGAAGCGGACAGCGUCCAACAGAGAUCUCUGCCGCUAAAUGACAGGCCGUGCUACAGCAGAACGGACUCAAGGAUUUCUGGAAAUGGGAAAACCCACGUGAACGUAAGCUGUGUCGUCAGCAUCUGCAAUUCAGGCCAUGAUCCACGGUCCCCAGCCCUGAACGGCUCGGGCACUGGUGAGCCCAGUGACCAUGCGGACCUUCCCCUGUCGCAGGAAGAAACUGCAAUGAAAAGAGAAUCAGGAAGACAGACUGCAGUGGAAGUUGAGGACAGUAUGGACUUCUUUGAUUCCAGCGAGAGGAAGUCCCUUCCCUUAAGCAUCCAGGAUGCAGGCAUGAAGACUUCAUGAGAAGGGAGGACUGCCGGGGUGCCCCGGGCGGUUUUCCAGAAAGUGACUUUUGCUCUGCUACAGAAGCGACUCAAGAAAUUCCCUAAAAGACUAAAGCAAAAACAAAGCUUGUGAAGCAAAACCAAGACAUGCUUCUAAGGGAUGAUGAUUUUUACUCACCAUCCUGCUUCUUGUUUCAGGGGUGACAAAAGUGUGUGAUGUUCAGGGUGGACACUGAAUAGAUUGGGGAGGAUUUAGGGAUCUCUGAUGCAAACUGGGGG